UUUUUUUUUCUCACUUUCCUUUGAUUCACCAGAAAAACCCAACAAUCUGUAAUUUGUGCUAUUGAGAAGGAACAAAAGAUUGCUUUUACAAUUAGUUGUAUAUCCGAUUACUUCCAUUUCAAUCUCGAAGAACUGAUGGUUUGAUUCGAUUUUUGAGCAUUUCAGCAUUGAGAGUGCUGCAAAAGUGCAAAGUUCAAGGUCCAAUUCUCCAACCUUAGUUGCAGUUUCUGUUUUUCUGGUUUUCAUCGGUUCAUCAGUUCAUUCAAUUUGGCUGAUUUGGGUGAGCUUAUAAGGCACAAACAGGCUAUUAGGCUCAUUUCUCAAUUUUAGUAGGCACGAGCUAAAAGGAAAAAUGGAGGCAUCGUCUCCUUCACUCAAUUUCAGAAGCCCUACAAGUAGAGUAACUGGAAGAAAACCUGGAUGGGCAAUUCCUGAACUUGUAAGAUUACGUAAAAACCACUUGAAAAAUAGAUACUUACCAUUGAGGUUGUGUUUGGCCACGGCAAAUGGUGGUGUUAGGGUGGAGUUGAAUGGGAUUGGUGAUGGAGAUGGUGUAAUUAUUGUUGAUCAUGGUUCGCGUCGACAGGAGUCCAAUCUAAUGUUAAACGAGUUUGUGGAAAUGUUCAGAGAGAAAACCAAAUACCGAAUUUUGGAGCCUGCUCACAUGGAACUGGCUGAGCCAUCAAUCAAAGAUGCUUUUGGAUUAUGUGUUCAGCAAGGAGCUCAUCGUAUAAUAGUGAGCCCCUUUUUCUUGUUUCCUGGAAGACAUUGGCACCAGGAUAUUCCUUCUUUAACAGCUGAAGCUGCAAAGGAGCAUCCAGGUGUGUCAUUUGUCAUUACAGCUCCACUUGGUCUCCAUGAGCUGCUCGUGGAUGUGGUGAAUGACAGAAUCAAGCAUUGCUUGAGCCAUGUUGCUGGAGAAGCUGAUGAAUGCUCAGUUUGUGCUGGAACAGGAAAAUGUCAGGUUUAUAACUAAUAUGUUUGGAAACUUGGUUACUAGUCUCCAUCCUUAAUAGCUCUUUCAGCUCAAAGACUGGGGAACUACCUAGUAACAUGUAAUAAAACUGUACCGUUCAACUGUUAUCUUGAGAUGAUAUUAUCCAGCUCAUAUGGGGAGAUUUAUUCGAUACUUAAUGAUGUCUGGUGGAAAUCCUUAUACUUGUGACAGAAAUGUGUUCUUUUCAGUCCAAGGUACAUUCAGCUCUGGAAAUGAAUUAUCUGGAUUUUGUAAUUAUUCUAAACUAAAAAUGAGAUUGCAUUCUUAUA